GCCGUUUACUUCAGAAGAGAUUUAUUCCCCUUGUCUGUUUAGGUCGAUAGAAAGAUCUUAAACAAGUUGAAGUCACUUAAAAAAAUGUUGAUCGCUCUUGGAAGGUGCCCUGCUUCCAAACUUUUUCUAGUUCAUUGUAGAUCUCCUCCUCUGGGAAGGGCUGUCUUUAGAUGGCUAACAGUUUCACGCAAGCUUAAUUGUAUGACAGCAGAGUCAGACAGGCCUCAUAUUGGUAUUGUGGGUAGUGGUCCUGCAGGAUUUUACACUGCGCAACAAAUUUUGAAGGUCAGUAGUUCUAAAGUGAGCAGCUGUCUAGCCAGGCCCUCCUAACCUGAAAGUUGGGUUUGGCCAGAGUAAAUUUUUGGCAUGACUAGAACAGCCUAGCAUAAUUUUGAAAAAACAAACAAACAAACGAAACAAAAUUUUAAAAAACAGUGCAUGUGCGUAUUUAGAUUCAGGUCACACUAAAGCACUUUGGGAGGCACUGUGGCUUAGUGGUUAGAGCUCUCGCCCCAGUUGUUCAAAAGAUGAAUGGCGCUAUCCACCGGGUAAAUCUCUAUCCAGGGGAUAGUGCAAUUGGUUUCUCUAAUACUUAUCCAGUGAAUAGCGCCAUCCAGCUUUUGAACAACUGGGUCCUGGACUCCGUAUCAAGUGAUGUAUCUGCCAACUCACACCCAUGAUGCGUGUGUUCCACACCUGCGAAUUGAAAAUGUUGAUCCACAUCAGGCCAAUCCCCAAAAGGCAAGAAAAGUGAGAUUCUGAACCUAGAGCUUGGAAAAGUAGUGAGAAGUGGGUGAAAAGUCAUGAGAUGUCCCAAAUUUCCUAGUGGAAGGACUUACAGUGACGAUUAUGGGUAUUGGAAGUCACUAUAUCACUUUAAAGCUGGAGCAGUAAACAUCAGGAUCAAUUUUACAAAUUAUUUUGGUUUUGUGAUUUCUAUGUUUUGUCAGCGGCCAUCUUGGAAUAGAGGAAACAGGUUAGUCUGCACAUUUGGUGGCAGCAGCAAGUUGGGUAGGCUAAAAGGAUGUAAUCAAAGGCAAUCACUAAGCGUUUUUUGGGGGUUGAGCUGGCUAUUGAUAUCUAACUUGGAAACAAAGCCUGCAACUCCAAGAUUGUUUUGGAGUUUGACUCUUUGAGAAAGUGUGAGAAAUCAGUUGCCAACUCGUGAGAACGAGGGGAAAGGCCGUGAAAUCGCGAGACUUAUUAGUGGGGGGGGUAGAAAUAUCUCUAGUUGCUUCACGCCAAAAAACAGAAGUUUCAGCCUGACGGCCCUCUAGGCUCGAAUGCAGGCUUUACCUUUGCACUAAUGGUAGCCACUUUACUUUUAGUUAUCAAACAUAUUUAACCAUAUUAAUUUCCUAGUAUUAAUAACUUUUAACAUUUAAAUUUUAUUUGUAAUUUUUGCACACGACCCCACAAGCUUGUAGCUUUGAAUUAAUAUCUUGUAUGAGUAAAGGCUGUAUGUAUGUAUGCAUGUAACCAUAUAAGGGAAAUAAUAUUAAAGUAAAGUGCCUUUUAUUAUCUGCAGUCCCAUGAUGAUGCUUUGAUUGACAUAUAUGAACGCCUUCCUGUUCCAUUUGGCUUAGCAAGAUUUGGAAUUGCUCCUGAUCAUCCUGAAACAAAGGUACAACGUUACAGCAAGCUUGUUCAUUUAUCUACACUUUAGAACAUUGUGAGGUGAAUCUACCUCAUGGUUCAGUGACAUGGGAAUAGAAAAGGCAGGAAAAAAAAAUUUCAAGGUCAAGAAAUUUUGCAAAGUCGGGGAAAACCUUCUUGACAAAGUCUUUUAUAGUGAAUGGAGAGAAGCAGUGUGAUGCCAUGUUACCAUUUUAUCACAAUAGGAAGGUUAAGCAACAACGACGGCGACGGUGACAAGAACGGCAAAAAAAGCGACAGCCAUAAAAUUAGUCAUGUAUAUCUAAGUCAAUUGGAAUUUCUGGAAAACUCGGUAUUACAGUACUACUGGUAUUUUGCCUUGCAACAAGUACUGUGCUUAUAAGUCAUGUGGCACUUCUUUUUGUGUAGAUGUUAGCAAUUUUUUUUAUAUUUUCUCUAUUUUCUUGUCUUGUUACCAAAAGUAAAGACAUCCUACUGCAAUUUAAGAGCUAAAUAGACUGGUCAAAGGUGUUCUUUAUAGAAUAGUCCACCCCCAAAUUACAGUGUACUUCAUAUUCAAAGCUUUCAUAUAGAUGAUAGAGGAUGCAAUAGAAUUAACUGCAUUCUGGAUUUUAACUCAUUGUUUAUUGUGACUAGCUGCUUGUCAAUUUAUUGCAGAACUGCAUAAAUCAGUUCACAUCUACAGCCCAGUCUGAGAGAUGUUCAUUUUUUGGAAAUGUAAACAUUGGGAAAGAUUUGAAUAUUUCAGAGUUGUUACAAGCCUAUGAUGCAGUUAUUUUGGUGAGUGUAGUAAUAUUAUUGCGAUUUGCAAUCCUGGACAUUAGAACUUGGGUCAAUUGACAUGUUGUGCUCGACUUCCUUUUCCUUCUCCCUUUCAUUGUUUGCCUCAAAAUUGGACAAACCUGCUGAAAAGCCAUAACUUAACAAAAUUUGAUGAGAGAAAAGUGAGUUAGACUGCUGUCCUAAUGUUACCGCUGCUGGUGUUCAGUGGGCAUGACAAGAAUUUCGCGCCUUUUACCAUUCAUUAAUUAAGAAACUCCGCUUACAAUGAAAAACAUGCCAGACACAUUCAGCAUCCAUUUUGCAUGUUUACAAACAUCUGCUUGCUUCAACAUCGAGAAAACAGUUAAAUGCGCCCCGAAAAAGCUAGACAUUUCUGACAUAGGUCGUCUUUCUGCAUCUUUGUAGCGUAAUUGCCCUUCAUUUGGCAGAAACCGUAUUUCUCACUCAAAACUCCCCAGACAUCUGAAACAACAUUCCCCUGGCCGGGUAUUUAUCCUUGAUACCAAAAAUUCUUCGUCUUCUUUGUGAGUUUGUGCAAAAUGUGCCUUGAAAAUUUGCGAUAGCUUGGGGUUUUCAAAACAAUACUUGCAAGGAAAGUAGCGAUAAUUGGUGUUUCAAACAGCCAAAUGGUUUUAUGUCAUCCGUCCCCCAUGAAAUGUCUAUUAAAUCCUUCCUCAGUUUUGUCUUCGGCCCAAAAUGAUGAGGAUCCAAAAUAACACAAAAGUUAAAGUUGGGUAAACAGGUAUUAUGAAAGCCUGUAUGAAAGGGUUUAUAGAAACAAUGACUUGUCAACAACUUGUCAGUGUCAGCAACUAAACCCUGUUGUCAAUGCAAAUUAACAUCUAUUGUCUAAUGACCAAUCAAAUGCCUGCGUUGCUGGAACAACGCACUCCGUGAAUGUGAGCUGCAGUGAUGUUGGGACUGCCCCUGUAUUUUUCUCACCUCCCUCCCCCCACUGCUUUAAACCCAGACCCCACCCCCUCAUUGCAGAUAUGAAACCACGAUGGACGUGCGUAUUGGUAAGCGCUCGAUUCUGAUGAUCUUACGAAAAAAAUAGGCACUGUGAACAGCCUAAAGGUGUGUACACAUACUGGGGCUAUGUGAUACAAGUUAGGACUGCCUUCAGUGUUGUGGCUGUAUAAAUUUUAUUUCUGUCAUUGGACAGUAGUUGUGAAAGAAAGUUUUUUUAACCCUCUUAGUUUGAUUCAACUUGUAUUCAGAAGGUUGGUUACUGCGUUUGUCACAAAUACAUUCAUUUGGUUUGUCUUUAUUUAGUGUUAUGGUGCAGAAGAUGAUAGAACAUUUGGAAUACCUGGUGAGGUACAUGUGUAAAACAAAGAUAAAAUUUACUAAUGAUUGACAGGGUUCUCUGGAAGCACCAGUGAGUGGUGAGAUUCACCUUCUAGUCAAACAGCAGUGCGGGGUACUCAAAAGAUAAUAAUAGGUGGGUUCACACUGGACUUGUCAAGUGCACUGAUGUCUUGAAGUACAUUAUUUUGAAGUGCACUUGACACUAACUUGUGUGUGAACGGGUCUUGUUUCACGUGACUAGUGGUACUUAGUUGCCACAGAAACCUCAAAGUCUCAAAGUGCUGAAGUUCACUGUCAAUAAAGGUCAAAACCUUCCUUGAGACUGCACUUAUCCAAUCAAAGUGUCGGAAUCUUAUGAUCAAAGUGUCAAUCAUCUCGCGCCACAACUUAACUCUCUCGUGUGAUCAAGCAAGAAAUGAUGCAUGAGAAUACUUAGUGAUCUCCACGAAAUAUUGGUAGGUUUUUUCAGUUCUGAUCCAUGAGCUGGUUUGGAAAUUUCAUGUUUUCUCCAGGCUUUUUAUUUGACAGACACAUUGUUAAUACAAUACUUGGCCCUGGAUACAAAAUGACAUAUAUUCCACAAAAUAGCGAUAUUUCCCCAUUUUGUGAUUUGUUGAAUGCACUUUAUUGUUUGUUUUUUCAAGCCGUGUUUAACUGCAGCACUAAGGUUUGUUGAAAGUGUCAGAACCUUACCUAAGCCGUUUAAGAAAAGAAUACAACAUCUGAAAUACGAUUUUAAAAACUUGAAGCAAUGAGCUCAAAAGAUUAGUGAGGACGGCUUUUAGGUUUCCCUUACUUUGAUUUACCUAGAUGAAACCAUCAGUUGCAUUUUUAUCCUUUCGUUUUGGAACUGUUAAAGAUGCCUGUUGUCUACGGCUCCUGUCUUUUUUGACUUCAGUGUGAACUCCAUUUCUUACAAAAAACCUAAGUGCACUUCAAGUGAUUUCCAAGAACACGUGAACUGGAGUACAGGUCAAGUGCACUUAGGGGUCUAGUGUGGACCCACCUAAUUUUUAAAGUGUCAUAAUAAAUUGUUUCAUUCAGUGUGACGGCAAACACAUGGUAGAAAAUGAUGCAAAACGUUUUCCAGGUUAUUCAAUGUACAUGUACAUGUACUGAAGUGCACUUUUCAGUGGGCUCUCAAAUUUGAAUUUUCUCAGUUUUUACCCUCUACUGGAAAUUUUCAGGAGAACCCUGUAUAAUUUAGGCUGUCCAGUCUGUCUAAUCAUUUGGAUUGACUUGGGUCAUUUUGCCUUUUUUUAACUGUUAGACAGUUUUUCAGUAUGUAGCAGUUGUGUAGUUUAGAUGAAAAUAAUAAAACAGCUUUGAUAAUGGGAAUGGAAACAUUAAUUGUAAUAAAAAAGAGGUGUAUUUUCAUUGUGGAGUCAGUGAGUGGGUCAAUCAGUGAGUCACUAAACUUUCUGAUAGCCAUCAGUCAGUCAGUCAGUUAGCAGGGUGGUGAGUCAGUGAGUCAAUCUGUCACUCAAAGAGUCAGUCAGUCAAGGCUGGUCAAUCUGUUAGUCAGCGGGUGGCCUGGGUGUCAGUCAGUCUCUCAGAAGAUUAUUGUAGCAGUGUAUCAGUUAAAGAGUGAGUCAACUGAGUAGAUAAAAAGAAUAUCAGUGUAAAAAAGAGUGAAAGACUGAUGUUUUAAGCAUGAACCCUUUGUCGAAGCAGAACAACAGAUUUUCAACUGACUGACUAACUAGCCAACUGUCAGUCAGUCAGUCAGUCAGUCAACGAGUCUUUCAUUCAGUUGGUGGGUUAGUUAGUCUGUUAGUUGGCUAAGAAUUUUUAGUUGUUAAUAAUAUCAUUAUGUUUCAGGAUUUACAUGGGGUGUAUUCAGCAAGAGCAUUUGUAGAGUGGUAUAAUGGACUACCUGCUAAUUCUCAAGUACGGUGUUUUUUUCUGUAAUAAUUAUCAUGCCACACACAAUAUUUUUAAUGUUUUACAUCUUUGAUUUAAUUUUUUUUGUGGUGUGACUUCAUAUGUUUAGUUUGCGACAGUAGCUUAUUAUCUAGGACUAUCGAUAGUAUUUUGGUAACUUGACUAAUUUUGCGUCAUCCAUCAAGGCCAAGUGUGUUAACGUUCAGGACAUUGUUGCUGCAAAAUUUUUUAAGAGCCAUGUUGGGCCCUUACUGUUACCAAACCUGAAUUUCAACUGCAUUUUAAAAAAAUUCUUACUUCUGAUUUGCUCAGAAAAAAAUUUCUGGCCAAUAGAAAGAAUGAAAAUUAAUUCUGAUAUUUCAGGAAAAGGUUGACUGAUAUUAAGUGCCAGGGGCUUUCUUGCUCAUCAUGUUAAGUGGCUUACCUGUAGUUAUUUUCCCCUAAAUGUUUUGUCCUAAUUUGCUGACUUGGUUUUCCAAAGAUGGAUAUUGGUGUGUUUGAGAGUCACUAGCUAGAACUACUGUAAGGGAACAAGGACAUAAAUGUAACACUUCUAUUUGAUUUAAUUAUACACGUAACAUGUUUGUUGUUAGUUAGAGCCAGACUUGAGUGCUGAGACAGCAGUAAUACUCGGACAAGGAAAUGUGGCCCUUGAUGUUGCCAGGAUCUUGCUCAGUCCUGUUGAACGUUUGGAGGUAAUUAAUUCAGAACUCACUUAAUACGCAGACAGAGUGACAAAAAGAUAGAUAGCCAAUCGGAUGUACAGACAGAAAAACCGACAGACCGGCAGACAGACAGACAAUCAGUUGAACAGUCAAACUGACAGACAGAUAGGUGCGUGUUUUUUUUCCAUGUUAUUAUUCCUUUUUCUUUUGCCCCAGUCUGUAAAAAUAUUGGGAAUUAGGCCUGAGCAGCCUUUAGCCAUGCCUGUUUAAGUUAUCAUUGUAAAGCUCCUUUAUUUUUUGUUUCCUAAUGAUUCAGAAAACAGACAUAUGUGAACAUGCCAUAGAAGUACUGAGGAAAAGCUGUGUGAAAACAGUUCAUAUUGUAGGCAGAAGAGGGCCAUUACAGGUGAGAUAUGCAAUAGACAAACCUCCGCUAACAGCUGCACCUCUCUACAACAGCCACUUUUUUGGGGUGGACUGUUCAUACAUUGGCUCUUGUUUAGACCCCUCAACGAUGGCCACCUCUCUACAACGGCCACUUUUUUGGGGUGGACUGUUCAUACAUUGGCUCUUGUUUAGACCCCUCAAAGAUGGCCACCUCUCUACAACGGCCACUUUUUUGGGGUGGACUGUUCAUACAUUGGCUCUUGUUUAGACCCCUCAAAGAUGGCCACCUCUCUACAACAGCCACUUUUUUGGGGUGGACUGUUCAUACAUUGGCUCUUGUUUAGACCCCUCAAAGAUGGCCACCUCUCUACAGCGGCAACAGCCACUAAACUGUGUCCCCAACUGCCAAAAUAACCUCUCAACAACGGCCAGUUUUUUUUCACCAACUGACAAAAAAGUCAGGAAUGGUCGCAAAAUUUGAUCCAUAUGGCACGGUGAUUAAUCACAGCAAUAAUUGUAUUUUGAUUGUGUUUCAUCCAUUCUGAUGCAGUAAGCAUAAAAUUGUCUACAAUGCUUAUAGCAGAUGUUGCGAACCCCUUUUCAUUUUGUCAUGUUAACAUUUUGAUUCAAAACAUUAUUUAAGUUUCGUGAGUGUGCGUGUGAUUGGAUUACCAUUAUGGCAUAAAGUAGGCAUGAACCUGGCACAAUAAACACGUUGUACUCCCCUUAAGAAAAUUGCCAUAUUACACCCUCUACUUCCCCAUAAUGGCCACAUUUCCACAUCAAUCACUUUCUUCCAUCCCCAAAGUGGCCGUUGUGCAGAGGUUCGACUCUAUGUUACCAGCCUGUAUAUCUAAUGGUGACAUUUGAUCAAAUGGUGAGAACUAUUAGUUUAGGUAUCCUAAGAGGAAUUAAUGUUUAGGAUUCAAAAGUGUUCGAAUGCAUGGCACUUUACUGCUUUAAUGUAUCACUUAAACAGGCAUGGAAAGAAUUCUAUCCUUUGAAACUGGGAAAACACUGUGGAUCAUUCAGUUGACUGAGACCAGAUUUUGUAGAGAAUGAAAGUGGCAUUUUCAGACCUUUCUGCUUAAGCACUUACCAAAAUAAUGGAAGUUUGUCUUCAGGCUAUUUCAUGGACCAGAAUGAUUCCUUGGGUUGCCCUUGAAAUUAAAAGACUGCAAAGUUGAUUCUCCUGACACUUGAAAGCAUAGUAUACACAUAUAUGCAUAUAAUAUUGCUACAUUCUGCUGCACUAGAAAUUAGUGAAUUGCAUGUUCUUUGAAGUUGCUGUAACUAUUAAUAUUUUUUGAUUUUCAUAUACCUCUUUUUUGUCUAGGUAGCAUUUACCAUCAAAGAGUUACGUGAAAUGACAAAAUUAGUUGGCUGUAAAGCUGUGUUUGAUCCAGAAGAUUUCAAACCGGUACAAGAAAAGAUUACAAGUAAGUCAGUAUGAAAGAAAGCUGAUCAAGUGGAACCUCUCUUAACAGUGACUACUGUACUCAGUUGUGUCUGUCCUCCUGGUAAAAAAAGCUGCCCAACAGUUGACAUCACUCAGGGUGCAAAGAAAGUCAGUUUUACAGCUUGCCGUUUGGGCAGGCUGUAGCUACCAUCUUGGACAAAAAGUGUUAAGAAUUUGCACUUUCUUACCCACAGAAUGCCUAUCCCCCGGAUUUGGUACUGCUUUGGUCCCUCCCCUUGCCCCACCCUAGUCGAAAUUGUUUAGUCGAGGUCAGAAAUGAUCCAGCCAGACUUCAACAUUGUUUUUUUGGGGGGGAAGGAAAGUAUAAUUUUAUAGUUGCCAGUGCACUCAAGAGCUUUAUCUUAAUGUCCAUUUUUCUCAACAUUUUUGUCCAAGAUUGUAACAUGUACUAGCCCAAGAGUCAUUCUGAUUAACAAAAAUUCACUUGCCCAUCAAGUUAAGGACACAAUUUACUAGUCCACCCAAAAUCCACUAGUCCCAGACUAUUGGACACGACUUUCUUUGCACACUGAUAACUGGGAGCCAGGAGAUAACUGACAACUGUAAGAACAAAAAAAGAGCGUGUGCGUUCAUAGUUAGCUGUGCACAUCUUGAGAUGAUUUCUUUUUAAGUAGAUAGUUGAAAAAGGGUAAGGGUAAUUGUAAGUUUAGAGUAUGUUUGACAAUAAGAAUAAAUUGUCAGCAAGACAAUGAUGAUAGAGAACUGCAUAGAGAUCUUAAAAAGUGUUUUCAGAGAAAGGAAAGUUUUAUGAACUUUGAGUUGAAUUUUCUCAUGAGCCAGUUUUGUUUGUCCUGGCAUUAGGAGAAGGUCUGAAUCUACUGAUGUCAGUUCUCCACAAGACUUUGUAGUAUUUUUGUAAUAAAAAGCAGUUUCAGUCUGUAUUUUUAAAGCAUUGUAAUUCCUUUCCCUGAUAAUCUUACAUGUUUUGUGGUUCAUUAGGUUUCUUUUGUUUUCACUUUAAACAAAGAAAGGCAAAGAAUGCUGACCACGUUUUUGCUAGGAGAAAGAAGGGGAAAAUGGCCAAAAAAAAUACUGAGGAAUGUUGAGCGCAGGAAAACAGGCCUAUGUGAAAAAUCAAGAAUGUUUGACAACCUCAAAGCAUCACAUAGCAUAGUGUUAUCACAAGCCCCAAUUACAUCCUAAGGUUUUUUGUUGCAUGAAUUUAGUCCUGCCAUAUACCAUGGAUUUAACACUUAAUCUGUUUUAUGUUGAUAAUUUGAUUCUUGUUUAAUACAGGCAUUCCACGACCCCGGAAAAGACUCACUGAACUGAUGUGCAAGACAGCACUGUAAGUUUGCCUCUUUAUUAUCAUAUCAUGAAGCUCUUCAGCUCAAAACAACCUCUGUGUCACCAUUCUUUUUUACAGUCAUAAAAAGUCUCAUUUUGGGUGGUUUCCACAAAAUGAACUUGAGGUUGGUGAUAAAACUGACUUCAACCAUACAACACAUGCCAUGUUAUCCACAUACACUUUCAAUACAUGUUACAGGUCAAAAUUAAGUUCAGGUUAAAAUUGUUUAACCUAGGUUGAUUCUUUGUUUCUUUUUUGACAAACUAGACAAACACCCAACUUAUAACUGCGAAAACUGGGACACAAAACUUUGUGGGAAUCACAUGACCAAAACAUGAUCAAAAUAUAAACCAUAGCCACAUUAUGUGAUUUUUGAGAGACCAUUUUUCUUUCUAUUUCUUUGACAAAGCCUUAUGGUAUUGUAUAAAAUAAUUUACAUUUGUUUCAUGAAUGGAAGGGAUGAGAGCAUUUCACAGAAGACUGCUAAUAAGGAGUGGACAUUAAAAUUUCAAAGGAGUCCAGUUGAGAUGUUGUCAGCACCAGGCAGAGCAAAUCUAUCUGGAGUCAGAUUUGAAAUCAAUGAUUUAGUGGAGGUAUGUUUUUGCCAAGCAUUCUUUUAUUAAAUGACAAGCAUUAACUGCAAUGGGGGACUUGCAGCCUUAGAAAACAGCCAACAUUUGGUGACGCCACCACUGGUUUCCCCACAAAAUGACAUCUGAGAAACGAGUGCAGAAAUUCCAUACUGAUGAUACGACACUAAUCAGAUCUGGGUAGUUUUAAUUCUCAGAUGUCAUUUAGCUGGUAAACCAGUGAUGGUGUCGUGAAAUGUAGGCUGUUUUCUCAGGUUAGGGGAUUUUCCUAGAGUUUUAAUUUAUGAUUAUUUUCCUUUGAAUACAUGUCAUUAAAUAAUAAUUGGCAGUUUCAUGUUUUGUGAUAUAACCCGUUCAAAGUACCACUUGUGACAGUUGUCAGAGGUGACUUUGAUGAACAGACUUUUGGAGGAAAAAAACAUAGUUACUCUCAAGCAAAUCCAUUGAAUGGGUCUGAGAUAAUUUAUGCACAAAAACACAAUGUUUUUGUUGUAAAUAGCAUAUUUUAGGCCCUGCCUCGUACCCAGAUGUCCCUCUCUCGACCAGUCACUCACCUGUCACUCAUGUUUCAUGUAGCCUCUGUGCAAAAAACCAAGCUCUUGAGGAGGAGACAGGGUUCAGCCUAAAACAAUAAACAUGCUUGUGGGGCUUUGAAGAAUAAACCGGAAACCUUUAUAAGGCUUGUGCUGAGUUUUGUUGAACAUUUGAAGGCUGAAUUUAAAAAUAUCAAAAUGGGGCCAUUCAUUAAGAUAUAUUAGAAUGAAAAUCUUUCACACUAUUAAAAGCAAACAAAGUAAUAAACACCUUUUGUGAGCAUAGAUGGAAAACUGAAGAAGAACUUAACCCAACACAAUGUUGCUUUUCCAUCCAGAAGUAGUUUUGCUGUUCAAGAACAUUGUUCUUGGGUUGCAAAAUAUAGAAAUGGAGUUUUUCUUCAAAACGUAAAGAUCACUUUUAUUUAAGUUUUCCAAAUUUACACACGUUUCGGUAGAGACCAGAGACUCUACAAUGAUACAAAGGUCUGCAGUUCAGUAGACUCAACCCAGCCAUUGCCACAAAGUAAAGAUCUCUUUUUCCUGGCUAUGAGGAGAAACAAAUUAAUAAGUUAUGUUUUGUUUGUCAUCACUACAGCAAAAUGAUGGAUCAAUUCAAGCAAGGGGCACUGGUGUAUUCGAGGAUUUGCCCUGUGGGCUGGUGAGUCCCAAGCUACUUUAACUAGUGACAUAACAUAGACAUAGACAUAAGAUAACAUAACAAAACAUACAUAGACAUAUCAGACAUAGACGUAGACGCACAGACAUAGACGCACAGACGUAGACAUAGACGUAGACGCAUAACACAACAUAACGAAUAACUUACCGACAGGCUUAGAAGGCGUAGCCUGUCUUGCUUCAAAAAACAUUGCAGAGAUUUUUCUAAGAAUAAGAUGGGGGGCUUUGAUCAUUGAUCGCCCACAUUUUACUUGUGAUUAACAAUUUAGGCAUUGUCUCAAAUGCUUUUUGCAACAAUUUUAAAUUGGUUAUUUUAACUAGUCAAAUCUUUUCUGUGCAUUAUUUUUUGUUUGAAAAAUGCACGAGUACACAAGUUCAGACCUUGUACUCUGGGUACCCCAAAAUGGUGUUGUGUUCACCGAAUUCGAUAAGAGACUGUAGGUCCAUUUCUUGCCAAAAAUGAAAAAAAUGGUGUGUUCACAUUUAAUAGUGCCCAGUGAGUACCGUACUCGGGCACUUGAAAAAAUGGUGUGUUCACAUUAGUGCCCAGCGAGUACCGUGAACCGUGCCUGCCAAAAUGAACUCUGGCGAGUCAGUCAUAAAAUUUAAUUUAAUCAAUCAAUCAGUCAAUCUAUAAAUCAAGGCAAUGCCCUAGUUUGUACCUUAUAUUCAUAUACAGUAGGAUGCUGGAAGUGGAGAGGCAGCGAGGUUAAGCCUUAAGGUAUUCUUAAAUAAAUUACGUAAGUUAGGGUACUGAUUGAAAGUCUCAGGGCUGAUUUUUGAGAGCCAACAGUCAGAUUUGGGACGAGGAGAGAUGUCAGUGUGAGAGUGGUUACUGUAUCUGUUGUCGAUUUUUUUUACUUGCAGGUUUUUCGUAGCAUUGGAUAUAAAAGCAUCCCAAUCGACGAUCAAAUUCCUUUUGACAAGAGAAGAGGGAUAGUACCAAACAUAAAUGGCAGAGUUAUAAACACAGGUUUGAACUCAGUUUUCACGUACAAUUAAUAAUAUUAUUGGACAAGGCUGCUGAGCCUAAUAGCGAGAAUAAUCAAGGCUGACGUUCGUAAUGCGAGAAGACUUCGAUAUUUCUCAACUUCAUGUGUUGCCAAGAACCACUCCCAAUAGCUUUUUUAUCAUUUUCAUACUUGAUGAGCGUACAUUAAUCAAAGAGGAACACCAACACUCUAUUCAAAUUUAUGGUUGGUGGAGAUGUGAGCUUAGAAGUGCUAAACAAUAGAGUAAUGGCUGUUUCCUUGACUUUGGGGUUUCAGGGAAGUAACUCACCUCCUUGUGUACUCGCUGGUGGUUUUGGAGCUAGAUGCACUGAGUUGCGUUGUUGUUUGCUUGGGCGGCUGUUUCUUUUCGUCGUGUGUGUUUUAUAUGGGUGAAGCAACAAGGAAAAUGGUGAGGCACAAGGAAAAUUGAUUCCUUGUGCCUGUUCUUAAGGUUUUCAGUCGUCAUCAAAGUAGCUGGAUUAAAACACAGUUAGAAAAAUCUGAUCUUUUCUCACGUGUCUCGAAAGGUGGCAGUCAAGAGUCAUGCAAUGAAGCUCCCCCUUUGAUUCCAGGUAAAGUAUUUUUGGCUCAACUGUUGAAUACCAUGCCACUUUUGAAAUAACCCUCGAGGAAUAGAGGUGCAUAAGGGAGUACGCUUUCACUUCGUAUCCAAGUAUCAGAUUUUGCACUGUGUAUUCGCCUAUCCAGCUCUUUCAGGUUUCAGCUUGGAAGUGGCAGAGUAUUUAUUGUGCAGUUACUCAUUCUUAAUGAGCACUUCUCGGCGAAAAUUACCCAAAACCCAAAAGCAAAUCUCAAAAUUUCCCGGAUUUCAGUGGAUUAAUGAGAAGGGAAAAGUAUAGCAUAGAACCUGUCCUGGACGCCGUACGAUAGCUUACCCUGGCAAUGACCUGAAAAUAUUCAACCGGUGUUUACGCGGGAAAAAUAUGCUUCUGUUUCCAAUAACAAGGGCGGGAAAUGUGUGACGGUUACCAAGAUUGGAACAUGUAAAUUGUACUAAGGGCGGAAAACCUACGGCUGAAGCGGACUGUUGAGUUUGAAGCUGCUUUUUCUUGUAGUGACUUCCCUCUAAGAAAGAAUUAAUGUUUUGCGCCUGUGAAGCUGGUAUAGUUUUGAAGUGAAAAUCAACUUCCUUCAAUCCGUAUCGUUUAUAAAUUGUUAUGAAAUUUAUGGUACUGCUGCGUCCUUAGGGCUUUACUGUAGUGGAUGGGUGCGGAAUGGUCCAGUAGGUGUCAUAGCUACAACGAUGAAUGAUGCAUUUCAGACUGGGGAGCUUGUUGUGCAGGAUUUAAAGUCAGGUGAGUAAAAAAUGAUGAUGAUGACCACGACCACGACCACGACCACGAUGACGAAGACGACGACACGACGACGAUGACGAUGAUGAUAGUGAUGACGAUGAAGGUUUCGGUGACGGUGAUGGUGAUGAUGACGAUAAUGAUGAUAAUAAUGAGCUCAGUAUGGACUGUCCGCCUUUUCUCUUUUACACCCCUCGAGUGACAGCGAGCGCCUAGGGACAAAAAACGCUUCUUAUUUUAUCUCCUCCUCUGGCUUACGCGCUCAUUCACUCGCGGCUCGGCUCCUCUCGUGCGUGCUACACCGAUAACUUUGAAGAAAAUAACAUAUUGCUUGCGGUCUAAGCUCAGUACCAUCAAGAAUAUUUACCUCUGGUAUACUUCAUAACAGAUAUCCGACAGGUAUUUCAUGUUUUCUGCAUUUAAGAGUUUCCUCAGUUGUAGAGGUAGUUGUUGUUUCAAAGAGCAAAGAAAUCAGCAGUUGCAAGAAUCUAAAAUCUAAAGACUUAAGUCGGUCGUCGAGCAGCGUGUGGUUAAAGUCGUUUUUUUCGCAAGAUAUCCUAGCCUGCUUAAACAGCCGUUUCUCCUCGCUCCUUACCACAAGGGAGGGACGUCUGCGCCUCAGCCACAGAAACUCCAUACUGAUGACGUAAAUCAGUGUUUACAUAAUAAAUCCUGUAGACGUGAAGUCCCAAAUGUACCAAAAAAACGUCAAGGCAUAAUGUUACUUACAUCGUUGGUAAUCCGACUGGUGUCAUCCUAACCUCUCUUUUAAGACCCAAUCAUUUUCAUCGCCCCAAGGGAGUGUUCGUAUAAAAUAGCAUGCACAUUCCCGCGUUUGCUCCCUCUUGCUUUCACCAUCACUGCGAUUACAUCUCUGUAGGAAAAUAAUUUCUCUCCCGCAAUAGCUAUAGCUGUUGACCAGAUUUCGGACAGAUUGUGGGUCAUCAGUAUGGAAUUUCUGUCGGUGAGGCCUCGCAGACGUCUUUCACGGCGAAGCGUCCUCGGCCUCGAAGAGCGAGGAGAGACGGCUGUUUUCGCAGGCUUAAGAUAUCCAAGUGUGCAUAAAAAUACAAUUUCUUUGUCUACACUGUUCAUCUGCAUUGUAAUAUCGCCUGUCUUCUGCUGCUGUAAGACUUGUCUCUGGUGUUAGCAGUUGGGUUCGCUGUGCUUUGAUAGUGAGAAAAUCGCAUCGUCUUCGCAAGUGUUGCCGAGGCUGAAACUCGUCCGCUUUCUAUUUAAAGGUAACAUAAGGACGAAACGUUCCCCCAAAGGAUUUUUCGCUCUUGCAAACUCGUUGAUCUCCAGAGGUGAGUUUUCCUUCAUGUUUUUAUUGCCGUAUAGAGCGAUUUUCGUAUGACCUUGAAAAAUGGUUUCGGUAAGUGUUCGUUAUUUGUUUUAUCAGCCGAUGGAUGAAAAGAUCAAAACGUUGACUCUUCGGUUUCCCGCCAAAGAAAACCCUGAUAUGGAGAUGGCAUUGUUCGAUUGGCCAAUCGUGUUGCAGUAUGAUGUCAAAGCGAAAAAUAGCCCAUUUCCGAGUUCCUGCAUGAUUGGAGACUGGUGCCGUAGUAACGCACGAGAGCGAGGCUUCGUGCGAAGAAAUCCAACAUGGACGCCACUCUUGACAGCAAUGUUGCUUGUGCUGACGAAGAUUUUUCGAAAUUGAAAGUCCAUGAUUUAAAAAGAUAUUUAAAAGAGCGUGGUAUCCAGUUAAGCGAUGGGGGCAAAGGCAAGAGGAAGGCAGAGCUUGUCGAUUUGUGCGAAAAAGCGGCAGCGAUGAAACAAGCCAAGUUAGACGAUACCGCCGAAGACCGCAACAAGCUGAUGGAGGACAAACUGCGGACAAACGAUGGUAAAUUGCCAGAUCCUAAAACCUUAACCGCUUGGACCAACAACUUUUCUAACAUCCCGGAGUUUACCUUCGGAGACCUUUACAACUACCUAGUGGGGAAGGAAGAUUACUCUGAGGAGAAUCUCCGUUCGUUUAAAAGUUUGCUGGGCUUUAAAUUAUUUCGUGAUGGCCAUGUUAUCGAUUUAAAGUAUUGUCCGCUAGAGAAGAACAACUUUUGUUUCUUCAAGUUUAAAGUUAAGCCCACUGAAAGAGCCAAAACGGAAGAUGGACAGGCUACUUACAAUGGUUUCACAAUUCUAAAAUCCAGCGGAGAGGUACACGCAGCAUUUUGCCCGUGUAAAGGAGGGAGUGAUGGUUGCUGCAGGCACGUUGCCGCUGUGUUGUUUGACCUCCAGGCCACAGUUAGCAAUAAUUUGAUGUCAACGUGCACUUCUGGGAAAUGUGAGUGGAAGAAAAGAAGUGGGAAUAGUCAGUAUGCUACCCUUUUAAAGAAUUUAAAGAUUGUUAAAGCUGAGUUUGGUAAAGCUGAAAAGGAUCCUGUAAAACCACAUAAUUUUCAACCAGGACUCUCAUCUUUUGAUUCCAGCUCAAUGAGAGAAAAGCUGAGGAGGGGUCUACAACAGUUAUACCCUCAGUCAGUGGCCAUUCACUUUCUCCCGAAGCCAGAAGAUCCAGACACACCAGAACCAUUAGUGAAAGAACACAUUACCAAUGAUGCAAAUGUUGAAAGGUUUGAAACUGUGGAGAAUGUUACUGUUUACACUAUGAAAGAAUAUGCAAACAUUUUUAAAUGUCAGAACAACAUUGACAACAACAUGGAUAUAUCUGAAGACAUUGUUGAGUCGUUUAUGAAGUUUUUGUCUGUCAGUGAAAGUCAGUGUGAUGUGAUUUGCUCGAAAACAGUGCAUCAGGGAAGUAGUCAGUUGUGGUUUGACCAGCGAUCAGGCCGCAUAACAGCUUCAAACUUUUACCGGUGUGCCACAUGAGAGACACAACAGACAAAUCAAACAUUGUCAAACUACUUAUGAACUACUGCCCAAUGGAGCAUAUACCUGAGCAGCUAGAGUGGGGCCAUGAAAAGGAAAUUGCUGCUUCAGAACUUUAUUUAAAGAAGAUUUCACUGAAACACAAGGAACUACACCUUCUUGAAUCUGGCCUUGUUAUUAAUCAGAAGUGGCCUUUUCUUGGUGCAAGCCCCGAUCAGAUUCGUCACUGUGAAUGUCAUGGUAAGACAUUAGUUGAGUGCAAGAGUUUGUUUGCCAAACGGAAUCUGCUACCUGGAGUUGCAGCUUCUGACAAGUUGCUCAAAACAACGAAGGGCUUCAAGCUGAAGGAAGAAACUUCCUGGUAUUACCAAAUCCAGGGCCAAAUGGCAAUCUCUGGGAUUCAUGCCACUGAUCUUGUAAUUUAUACAAACAAGGGAUUUUGAUUGUUCAUGUGGAUUUUGACAAGGAGUUUUUUCUGCGAAUGUUGGAAAAGUUACAACUGUUUUUUUCUAAGUUUAUGGUGCCAGAGCUUCUCACUGGAAAAAUAUUAGGUGAAGUAAGGUCAUAGCUUAUUCCAUAAGGUUUUAUGUGUAGUUUUCCACAGAAUGAAGUGAUGUGAACUCUGUGAAUACAAAUGAACUGAACUUGUGACCAUCACAGUGAAUCGCAAUUUAAGCAAUUGUCAAAAUAGCCCCAAAAAAAAAAGUUUUUCGGGCUUCAACGGGAUUCGAACCUGUGGCCUCUGUGUUCAUGCUGCAGUGCUCUGUACCAGCUGAGCUAUGAAGACCCAUACACUGGAGGCCGGCCACUUGAAAUUUGAGUUCAUCAAGCCGGUAAAGGAAUGAAACACAGAAUGAAAUGAAUGUGUAGUAUGAUGUUGAUGAUGUAUUGUGUGUAGUUUUGUUGUAAAUUACUUCACAUAUAUGUUUUCAUUUAAACUCAGGGCUUCCCAUGUGGUGCAGCAUACUUCUUUUGAUAAAUAACUUGAAAGCAUGGUUUUAUUGUAGUGAUUGUGUGGUUUAUGCAAAAUCUGCAGUUUGAUGUGGAACUACAUAAAUAUUAUUUAACUGGGUUGAUGUGAUGUCUUUAUGUGUACAUGCAAAUUGUGUUAUUAUAUUUGUAUCCUUUUGCCUAUAGUUGGAAUAGAAAUUGAAUCCAGAUUACAGCCAGAUUUUCCAGAAAUGUUUUCACUGCUUGAGUGCUAAAACAUUUUACUUGAAUCCUUUAUUACACAUACUCCUGCUAUUUGUUGUUGUGAAGCAGUGCUAAAUAAGAAAAUAUUCAACAAUCCUUGUUGUAGGAAUCUGGGAUAUGUUAUCUGGCCAGUGGCUUAAGUAAAUUACAAAGAGCUCCACAGACUAUCAACAUCUGGUCAGCAAGUGCAGCCAGGGUCAAAGGCAAAAUUCCUUGAAAUAUCUUGAAGUCUUUCAAUCUUUCGAUGGCCCUUUCAACAUGAAUUCGCACUCUAGCAAUUUGACGAGUGUUUUUUGUGGCUGCCCGUGAUAGCUGUUUACCUGAAAAAUAAUGUGUUUUAUUUAUAAAAAUAUACCAUAAAACUCCGAUAAUAAGCCCCAAAAAAAAAACCCAAAAAAUUAAUAAUAAUAAUAAUAAUAAUAAGCCAUCCCAAAAAUAAGCCCCCCAAAUAUCAGACACAAAUCUCCUCCUGAUAAUAAGCCAUCCCGAAUAUAAGCCCAUAGACUGUUAUGGUUAGCUUUUGUAGGCUGUCAUCUUAGUGGUUUAAGCUGUUUUUAUAGUCAAGCCCAGCCCAUUUUGAAUUGCAAAAUUCCUUCCAAUAAUAAGCCCCUGCGAAAAAACCUUUUAGCAAAUACAAGUCCAGGGCUUAUUAUCAUAAGUUUAUGGUAUAUGUGUUUUUUUAAGAAUAUUACAUAGUUUGGUACCUACAUUUAUAAGGGCUUUUAAAGUCUAAUGUUAUUACAAAGGUAAGCUAAAGUGAUAUUUUGACAGCUUUUUCUUAGUAUAAAAUUGAGAAUUAUCAGUUGAACUCUGGGAAACCUUAUUAGUGAAAAUGUUAAAUAUACCAAUUAAAUCUUACUUUUUUAGAAAAGGGAGGAAUGUUAAGAUAAACUUUCUUCUUUGUAAGGAUGUCUCUAAUGUUAAAACCCCUGUCAGCCAUCACUGAAUCGCCCUCCUCUAGCAUGUCUACCAGUCCACUUUCCUGGGUGAUUUUCCUGUCACUGGUACUUCCAGUCCAAAAUUUGGAGAGAAAGCUAAAAUAGCCAGAGGGGUAAUUCCAACAAGAGCCUUUAUGGUAUUGUGCCCCUUAUAUUCACUCCAAGUUGCUCUUUGUGCAUAAGGAGAAGUGGGUUUUUCUAUAAACAUUUCUGUGCAAUCAAUUAUUAUUCGUGUAUUGGGGUACUUGUUGAAUGAGCGAGGAGGUUUCGUUUAAUUUCGUCUUUACUUGGCCAGAGUACUAGUACCUCUUGAAAUAUGGAUGCAAGAAAGCAAACCCAUGUUGUGAAUACCCUGCUUAACUGUGACUGUGAAACAGAAAAUGUGUCAGCCAGUUGUCUUCCCAUCAAUCCAAGUCUAAGCCUCACAAGAGUUAAAACCAAUUCUUCAGUCAGUGUUAGACUUCUUUUAGGUCCAGGUUUGCUGUUGGAUGUUGUCUGGUAUUUCAUUUGUUUAUUCUUGUUUUUGUCCCAGUAUUUGAGCUUUUCAGCUUCUGGCUUUAUCAAUUCUGAAAUCAAAUUGAAACAUCCCAGUGUGGGAAUUCCAGUGUAAAACUUCACUGAAUCAUCAUUUUCAAGGACAUCCUCCAUGAACAAGUCACGUUUUAGUUUAGCUUUAUCGUUAAGUCUAUUUUUGAGGUUUUUAACUUCAUUUUCCAGUUGUUCUAAAUCGAACAAAGUCAUGUCAGUUUGACAACCCACUGACCUUACCAUCUCAGGUUCGGUAUCUUGUAACAACACUGUCGAAGAUCGAUCAUCUUCUGCUGAAAGGCAGUACGAAUGGUCAUGCUGAACAUCGCAGAAAUCAGCAUUAGACGAUCGAACAUCCACCAGAUCUGUAGUAAUUUCUCCAUCUGCAUCAGCAAGCGAAACCUGGCUUGGCAAGAGAGUGUUUGUUUUGCAGUCGCUAAACUCCAGCCGUCUUCUCUUCCGUGCUGUUUCGUAACGAACACUUCUCGGUGUGCAUUCAUCGUUUGGUCGAAAUAUAGUUGGCAGAGCAGUGUUGUAUGUUUUUCUCCUACCGUUCAAAGUUUUUCUAUAGGCUUUGGGGUCAAAAUGAGCGCUGCAAAUCCGCAAAUUGUUGCUCUUUCCUGCCUUUGCCUUCGCUGACUCCACUGAAAACUUUUUGUCCGCUCGGCGGCAGAAUUUUAUCCAACUUCCAAGCCUCUUGUCCGAAGGAAAAAUAAAAUAUGACAGAUCAUUUCGAUUGUGAUUCCCAUUAUUGCAGCAGGCGACUGAGCAGUAGACCAUCUCAUAAAUAUUAAAACAUUCAGAGCAGUGAAAACCCCUCAAUCGCUUUUUAUUUUUCGCGCCGCCAAGAGGGACUUCGCACGAAGCCUCGCUCCCGUGCGUUAUUUCGGCACCAGUCUCCAAUCAUACAGGAACUCGGAAAUGGGCUAUUGAUUUCUAGAAAGUUCUGGGGCAUGAAGUUUUUUCACCCAAGCGUUCGCUUAACCAAACAAAAGUCACGCUCGUUGUAUCCGUUCGAUCAACCAAUGAAAUCGCUCUAUUCCCGUUCGUUUGUUGUUUGUGUUUUGUUCGCGCGUUUUCAUUUCAAGGUCAUACGAAAAUCGCUCUAUCGUUGCAUUCCGUCCCAUACUCCUUUCGGUCCUAUUCACUUUCAUUCACGGUAUAUUCCAUUUCAUUCCAUUCGCUGCCUAUUUACGGAAAUUCCAUUCCUCUGGAUUCCAUUCACUGUCUAUUUCAUUCCAAUCUUUUCCAUUCUAUUUACUGUCUAUUUUCAGUUAAAUUUCAUUCCAUUCCACUUCACUGUUCACUGUCUAUUAAGGCCAUUCCCAUUCGUUCAUUGUUUAGUUAAUUUCAUUCCAUUAUAUUCACUGUCUAUUUAAUUCCGUUCCAGUUCCACUCCGUUUCAAUAACUGUUAUCGUUCCUUCCUAUCUAUUAAAUCUCCUUCCUCUCUCUGAUGUUUAUAGGUGUCCGGCCUGUGUUUUUUGAUCAGUGGCACAAAAUUGAUCAAGUUGAACAAGAACGAGGGAGAGAACUUGGAAAGCCACGGGAAAAAAUAAUAAACGUCAAAGAAAUGCUUAACAUCGCCUAUCAACGUGAAAACAAGGACAGAACUGAGUAAACCGGCUUAGUAAACUGAAAACAUUGAUUAAUUCAACACAAUUACUGAUGCAAGGAAAUGCAGGAGAAACACAUAGAUGAAACUGCACGAAAAAAACGAAAAGAAAAAGAUCAUACAGUCACUUGAAAAAACUGCUCCCCACUUUCAUCU